AUGUCGACUUUUGCUCUCUCGNGUACUAGUCGUCUUCGAUUCCAAGCCCGUAUACGACGUUUAUGGCGUACAUUACGGAACUAUGGCAGAAGGGGCUUCGGUUUCCGCUACGGGAGAAAAUUAAGACUGCUAAGAAUCCGGCGAGGAAGAGUUCUGUACCGCUUUAGACGUCAAUGGCGAUUCCUACGAAGGAGACGAAGAAAGUCCAGGCGAAGAAGGAAGAUAAUAAGGCGUAGAAUUAGAAGGAAACGAAGACGAUAUUUGCGAAGGGUACGAAGGCGACAAAGGAAGAGAUACCGACGAAGAAGAAAAGCACUGAGGCGAAGACGAUUAAGAAGAAGACGGCGAAGGCGACGUCGACGACGUAGAAGGCGCAGAAGGAGACGACGAAGGCGAAGAAGACGUAGAAAACGACGUCGCUGCGUAGUACGUUUCCGUUAUUUGAACAGAUGGAGAAACGUAUACCGCAGAGGGCGUUUCUUUAGGUUCCGCACGCGGAGAGGAUACAAACGAAUCUAUUUCGGAAGACGCGUGGUGCGUUACAGGAAAGGAAGAAGGUGGAAAACCGUGCGCACCAUCCGAAACCGAAUACAACUGCGUGUAGGAGUAAGAUGGAAAGGAGUAACGAUUCGCGGCAGGCGGUUCGUGAUAAGAUACAAAAAGAGACUCCGACCUGUCAGGAUCACACGCGGUAAAGUUAGAUGGCUUUGGAAACGACGCUGGCGAAUAUUGAAGCCCCGCCAACGCAUACGUCGAUACAUCAGACGACUACGGAGAAGAAGAAUUAGGAGGAGACGUCGAAAGAGAAAGAGGAGAAGGCGACGUUCAAGAAGGCGACUAAGGCGCCGAAAGAAGAGAAGGAGACGACGAAGAAAGAGAAGACGCAGGAGGAGGCGAAGAAGGCGAAGACGACGAAGAAGAAGACGUCGCCGUUGCGUAAUGCGCUUCCGCUAUAAAGGCAGAUGGAGGAAAGUAUAUCGCUUUGGUCGUAGAUUGGUAACUCGUAUGAGAAGAAGAUACAGAACAAUCAGGUACUUUAAAGGAAAGAUCACCAUCUUCGGAAAAAGGCGACUACUGAUAAGACGUCCCAAAAUAACACUUCGCGUAGGAAAGUACUGGCGUUUGGCAAGUAAAUUCCGUCGAAAGCUGACCAUAGUCUAUAGACGACGACGUCGUAUCCUGAAAAUCCGACUCGGAAGAUUCCUCGUAAGAUACAACAGAAGGUAUGUACGAAUCAGAACUCGCAGUCGACGCUAUCGGCGCCGAAGAGUACGGCGAAAACUGAGGAGGAGAAGACGAAAAAGAAGGAGAAAAAAACGAAGAAGGAGAAGAAGGAGAAGACGGAGAAGAAGACGAAAGAGAAGAAGAAGGAGAAGACGAGUAAGGCGAAGAAGACGAGUGAAACGGCGUAAACGUAGAAGACGUGGUUGCGUGAUGCGUAUUCGAUACAGACGACGCUGGUUGCCAGUGUAUCGAAGAGGACGUCGUUUUGUGCUUAAGAGAGGAAGGAAAAGACGGUAUAUCAGAUUCAUAGGCGGUAUGUUGAAGAUCUUAACACGACGACGAAAAUGGCGCACUUUACGUCGCCCGAAACUUAGAAUCUGGCGAAGAGGAUGGCGUCGCGUACGAGUUUUUAAGAGACGCUUCUUCCUGCGCUACAAGCGUAAGUACCGCAAAUUGUUGAUCAGAGGAGGAAAAGUACUAUGGCGUUUUAGAAGGAGUUGGAGGAUGAUCAGACCCAGACGGCGGCGGCGAUACAGAGGUAGGCGAGGAAAGUUAAGGAAGAGACGAAGACGACGCAGACGCAGAAAGCGCAGGAAGAGGAGGAUUGCCAGACGCAGACGACGAAGGCGAAGGCGAAGACGAAGGCGUCGUCGCCGAUGCGUCUUGCGAUUCAAGUGGCGGCGGCGUUGGAGACUAGUGUAUCGGCGAGGCAAGUUCUUGAGGUUCCGAUAUAAGCGACGACCAGUGAUUCUCCGAUUUUACCGUGGCAUAUUCAGAUUCAAAUACGGAAGACGAUGGCAAAUCAUACGAGGUACAAGGCGGCGAUUCAGAGUCUAUUACAAACGUGGAUGGCGUCCGUUAACAGUUCGCCGAAGGCGAUUAUUUUUCCGUUUCGGCCGGAGGAUCAGGAUGCUAAAAAUACGCUACGGAAGAGUGAAAAUGAGACGAUAUCGCCGGUGGAUAACAAUGAGAAGAAAAUAUCGACGAGGAAAGAGAACUCGGAGGAUCCGAAGAAGGAAGCGAAGAAGGAGGAGGAGACGAAGACAAAGAAGACGAAGAAGGAGAAGACGAAGACGGCGAAGACGACAAAGACGACGCAGAAGAAGGCGAAGACGGCAAAGGCGAAAAAUAAGGCGAAGAGGAACGCAAAUCAUUUAUCGUUACUACGGUAAAUGGAGGCGCGUAUUUAGGAGAGGGAACUCAUUGAGAUUCCGCUACGGGCGCUACGGAUGGAGAUUAAUCAGGAUCCAACGUAAGACAGUAAGGGUCUAUUGGAGAGGAACAUGGCGUGUUGACCGUAAACCGUAUAUUAAGAUCAGGUAUGGCCGAAGGUACAGAAGGCUGCGUGUCUAUCGAGGGCGAUUUAGGCUCCUCUACAGAAAGGGGUACAGAAUGAUACGAAUCAGAUACGGGCGAUUGACAUUACGCUAUAAGGGACGAUGGAAGGGACUGAGGCGCAGACGAAGACGAUAUGGCAGACGAGGAAGAAGGCGACGGUCAAGAAGAAGGAGAAGAAAACUCAGGCGAAGAAAACAAAGAAGAAGGCGAAGGAUGCGCCGACGGCGUAGAAGGAGAAGGCGAUAUCUGCGCAAGCUGAGACGCAAGCGACGACGGCGAAGGCGCAGCCGACUACGUUUCUAUUGGAGACGUCGCUGGCGUACAGUAAUCCGACGGGGCCGCAAGUACACAUUCACCUAUAAACGAAGACAACGACGAUUAAGAUUCCGCAGAGGAAGCAUUUAUGUAAGAAGUAAACGAGGAAGAUGGCGUAAGAUACUUCGUUUCACCAAACGGUUGAAAGUUAGAGUGUACAAAAGAUGGCGAGGUGUACAACGGUACGGGCGACGCUGGAGGAUCCGGGUCAGGAGAAGAACCGUCAAACUUCGACUGCGACGAGGAAGGGUUUACCUAAAACUCAGAAAAAUAUGGAGAAGGAUUAGGAGGCGUCGACGCAGGAGACGGGGAGGUAGACGCAGACGAAUACGUCGACGUCGAACAAGAUGGAGAAGACGAAAGUUGAGGAAGAGAAGAAGAUACAAACGUAGAAUGCGCAGAAGACGGCGGCGACGAAGAAGAAGGAGACGCGUGCGAAGGAGAAGAAGAAGACGACGAAGGCGAAGACGAAUAAGGCGAAGACGUCGCUGUAGGAUACGAGUAUAUUUCAGAAGGAAAUGGAGAUAUUUGACUAGGAGAAGGAGGCGACUCUUUGUCCGUGUUAGAAGAAAACGUUACCCAGUCAGAAUUCAUCGCAAGUCAAUAACACUUCGCUACAGAAGAAGGCCAAUUAAACUCCGUAACGUUCAAAUCAAGCUUCUACGACUAUGGCGAGGGGUUCGUGCAGGAUUCCAAAUUCGUUACAUGAGAAGGUACAGACGUAUAAGAAUCUACAGGAAUGGAAGAGUGGCGGUACGAGUGAAUAAAAAAUGGAAGAGGAUUAGGUAUCGACGUCGAAGGGUGUCCAGGCGAAGACGACGACGAAGAAGAAGAAGGCGAAGACACAGACGAAGAAGAAGAAGGUUGAGGCGAAGAAGGCGUAGAAAGAGGCUAAGGAGGAGACGAAGGAGACGAAGUAGACAACGAAGGCGAAGGCGAAGAAGGAGGCGAAACCGACGAAGAAGAAGGAAACGAGUGAGGCGAUACAGACCCAGAAGAAGACGUCGAGGCCGCAGAAGAAGGCGUGGCUGUGUAAUGAAGAUCAGAUAUUACAGAAGAUGGAGGAAGGUGUACCGACGAAGAGGGCGCCUAGUGUUCCGUUUCAAUAGAAGAAAGAUUUGGAUAAGGUUCAACAGGGGGCGAGUUCUAACGAAAUCCCGAAAAGGAUGGAGAACAGCGCGCCAGCUUAAGUUCUACGCAGGAAGGAAAUGGAGACAUGCGCGUAUAAUAAGACGAAAACUAUGCAUACGCUUCGGUUUACGAUGGAGAAAAAUAAGAAUAAUUCGCUCACGUGUUAAGAUGAGGUAUGGCAAGAUAUGGAGAACGCUUAAAAGGCGACGGUGGCGAAGAUGGAAGGGGCGACGAUUGGGUAGGAGGGGACGAAAAAUGAGAAGGUACGGACGUACAAGACGAAUUAAUCGGCGACGUCGCAGAAAAUAUAGGAAAGUAAGAAGGAGGAGACGACGACGAAGGCGUAGAAGAUACAGAAGAAAUAGAAGACGAAGGGGAAAGGUUAGGAGAAGAAGGCGAAGACGGCGAAGACGCAGAAGAAGAACAAGAAGGAGAAGACGUAGGGCAAGAAGAAGAAGGCGCCGUCGACGAAGACGACAGCGUUACAGUGUCUUGCGGCUGAAGUAUAAUAAAAGAUGGAGACCUGUCUACCGCCUGAGACAAAAGUUGUACUUCCGAUUCAGGAAGAAGCCAAGACGAAUCAGAUGCACCAGAGGCAAACUCUAUGUGCGCCGUCGCGGAAGGUGGAGGUAUUUGAGGAGACCCAGUAGACGAUUAAGAGUCCUGGUCAACAAGCGAUGGAAAACAGUUGUGCGCUACAAGCGUGCAUUCCGUGUGCGCUACGGCAGGCGAAGAUGUAGAAUAAAGAUCCGAAGAGGAGGAGUAAGGAUUAAAUUAAGGAGAGGGUGGAAGAGAAUUGUAAGACGAAAGCGAGGGUAUCGAAGAAGGAGAAGAAGGCGAAUUAUACGAAGGAGAAGAAGGCGGCGACGAAGAAUAAGGAGACGACGCAGGAGAACUAAACGACGACGACGAAGAUAUCUUAGACGAAGGAGACAGCGAAGAAGAAGGCUAAGAAGGAAGUACAGACGACAAAGAAGACGCGGAAUAAGGAGACGACGACGAAAAAGAAAGUUGUGGAGAGGAGGAAGAAAGCGAGGAAGAAGACGUCGUAGAUACAAGGUUCGAUUUUGGUAUGGUAGAAAAUGGAGAAGAGUCUUCCGACGAAGGGGAUACUUGCGAUUCCGAACCAGGAAAGGAAUUCGGAAGAUCAGGUGUCGCCGUGGCCGCUGGAGUGUAUGGAAGAGGCGAAGAUGGUUUAAACUUCGCCGUAGAAACCGUGUGAAGAUGCGCUAUCGCGGACGGUGGAGACGAAUUUUAUACAGACGCCGUAAAUUUGUGGUACGUAUAAAGCAACGUUACAGAAAGGUAUCGGUCCGCCGCGGAAGAUUGAGGCUACGUUUUAGACGAAGAAGACGAAGACGACGACGACGGCGACGAAGGAAAGGUUACUUGAGGAGGACGAGGAGAAGAAGACGGCUUUGGUUGGGGAGGCGACGACGGUUAGGUCGACUGAAACGGCUGAGACGAUUAAGACGCCUCAGACGACUGAGAAGAAGAAGGAAACGACAAAGGGUAAGGCGAAGAUGGCGGAGACGAAAGUUACGACGAGCGAGAAGAAGGCACAGGAGGAGAAGGCGACGAACUAGAAGAACAAGAAGACGCAGAAGAAGGCGCAGACGACGCAGACGAAGGCGCCGUAGGCGACUGGCCAGAAGCGUAGCGCUAAUCUACUUCGCAAGAAGGUGGAGACGUACUUUCAGAAGAGGAAACAGGAUGGUUUUCCGAAUGGGACGAAGAUUUAUAGUAGUCAGAUUUGGCUAUGGAAAAGUGAGCAUUUUCCGCAGAAGAAGAUGGAUUCGACUAUCCCGACCAAGCAGACGCCUUCGAGUGAGGUACGGCUCCAGGUGGCGACAAGUGAUUGUGAGAUCACGAAGAUUCCGCCUGCGAUAUGGUAGGAAAUUGCUUAUGCUUCGUAUUAAAAGGGGAUUCAUUAAGAUAUAUCGAGGAAGACGUUGGUACCGAGUGAAACGGCGGUCUCGCAGAGUCCCUCGGCGCAGGAGAGUACGAAGGCGAAGGAGGAGAUUGCGACGACGAAGGCGAAGACAACGAAGGCGAAUCCGACGAAUGCGGCGACGAAAAAGGCGACAGCGGCGACGGCGUAGGUUACGAAGACGAAGAGCCAGGAUACGCAGACGAAUGCGACGAUUUAGACGAAGACAAUUGAGAAGACGCAGAAGAAAAUAUGGAAGGAGACGAAGAAUACGCUGGAAACGAAGACGCAUAAGUGUGCUUCGAAUAUUUUACAGAGGGCGAUGGAUGAAAGCUUAUCGAAUUGGACGUUCACUGAGAUUCCGAUACGGUAGAAUAAGAUGUCGUCGUGGUGUUGUUAGCAUCGGUGUUGGAAGAAGAUGGCAUAGGAUGACCAGACUUAGGGGUAGAGUGCAAGUACUCUACCACCGCAUCUGGAGGAGUCUGAUACGUAAGAGGCGAAUGAUAGUCGUUCGAAUAGGCCGCAAACUAAUGAAGAUUUCCAUUCGUCACGGGCGAGUACAGAUGCUUAUCCCAAGCCAUUACGAAACGGUAAAACCGAAGCCGAAACCAAAACCAAGACCACGACGGAGGCGACCGACGAGAAGAAGACGAGGGCGUUAUGGACGUGCGAGAGGACGAAGAAGGCGACAGCGUUGGCGACGACGAUUACAACGACGACGUCGAAGACGUAGACGGCGCUACAUACGCCGACGCAGGCGGCCUAUGAUUCUUUUCUAUUACCGCAGAAGUUGGAGACCGAUUGUGAGGUGGCGGGGUGGAUACAGGAUGCGUUACCAUCGUCGAUGGAUAACCUUCCGAUAUCUUAGAGGACGAUACUUCCGAGUAACGUACAAAGGAAAAAGCCGCAUAAUACGUCGAAUCACACGGCGUUUCAAGGUCCGCGUGGGUUUUGGUUGGCGCUAUAUCGUAAGACGUCGUGGAAGGCUUGUUCUUCGGUUUAGACGGCGGUACAGACCAUUCAGAUUAACGGGAGGACGGCUCAUGAUACGCUACGGUCGGCGCUGGAGAGUAAUCAGGAGAAAGCCACGACGACCAAGACGGCGAAAGAAAUGGAGACGGAGACGAAGACGACGACGAAGGCGGCGAGUGAGACGUCGGCGUCGUCGAUACCGACGCCGUCAGCGACGAAUAAGACGACGCAACGUUCUUCAUUUUAAAUAUGGCCGAAGGUGGAUCCCAGCUUACCGCCGAGGUAGAUACCUAAGAGCUCGAAUCAGGGGUGCAUGGAGAAGAAUAAGGUACCGUAAUUCCAGGAUUGGAAUUCGCUAUGGCAAGAGAUGGCGAUGGUUGAGCAGAAGGCCAAUAAAGUUCCGCUUUGGUCGGCGCUGGCGAUUACUGCGAUAUUACCGCGGAAAACCUCGUAUCCGAUUCAGAAAUAAAAUGUGGCCAGUGCGUAUAGUACGCGGCAGAUUCCGGAUAAAAUACAAAGGGCUUCUGAGAAGACCGAGGACACGUAGAACCAUACGAAGAAGAAGACGAAGGCGAAGACGAAGAAGAUCACGCCGGAGAAAGAGAAGAAUGAGACGACGGCGUCGGCGAAGGCGAAGAGGAAGGCGCGUAAGACGUGGCUGCGUCAUGCGUGUAUGGUUUAGAAGGCGAUUUAGAAAGAUUUACAGGCGAGGAAGGCGCCUUGUGAUGCGUUUUAAACGUCGAUUUAGAAUUGUGAGAUAUCGACCCAGAUUAGGAAAGAUCUUAUUACGGCGCAGACGAGGGUGGAGAUCCAUCAAACGUCGACCUCAGUUCCUCGUCAGACGCCGAUGGCGUCCUACAAGACGAUACAGAGGCAGGAUCUGUGUCCGGGUAGGUCGAAAAUACCGCAGAAUCGGGUUCAGGCGCGGAAAACCUGUGUAUCGUGUCAGAAGGAGGUGGAGACGAAUCAUACCGAGACGUAAACGAAAAGGUCGCCGCAUACGCAGACGUAAAUACCGACGCUUCAAGCGGAAGAUGCGACGCGUAAGGCGCUAUCGAAGACGAAAGAGGCGCAGAAUCAGACGUAUCCGGCGAUACAGACGUCGCAACAGCCCGUUCAAGAUCUAUUACCGCAGAAAGACAAGGAAGAUCUUCAGGUGGAAAGGUAGAUUAACAUUCCGCCUUGGAGGACGCCGAAGGAGAAUCAGAGAACUUUCAUUCUCAGUUCCUGAUUUUCCCUUUUGUGUUAGCAUCCGACUGGGCAUAGUCCGCUAUUACUUUGGAAGAAGAUGGUACCGAGUCGGAAUACGAAGAGUGAGGGUUCUUCUGAAGAGACGGUACAGACGCUUAAGGCGAGUCGGUAAGACCCUUCGCGUCCUUUACCGCAGAAAAACCAGACCAAUUCGAUUCAUCUAUGGUAAAUUAAGAUUCUUUUACAACAAACGAUGGAGACGUCCUUCGACGCGCCGUGGUCGCCGUGCAAGGAGAAGACGAAGACGGAAAAGGUUAAGACGGUACUGGCGAAGGAUCAGACGCAGGAGACGCAGACGUCGACGCCGAUACGGACAGCGUAAUGGUAGAAUUGUCUUCAAAUAUGGCAAACGAUUCAGAAGGGUCCGAAGGACGCGUGGGCGACUAAGGUUCCGUGUUGGUACCAAGUACUAUGGCCUUAGAAUACGAAGCAGAGGAGUCUGGGUACGCUACGGCAGAAGGCCUUGGAGACCAGUUAGACGUAUCGUUCGUCGUUUGAAGAUGUAUGUCCGCGGUAAACUACGCUGGAUAUACCCUCGCAAAGGACGCUUGAUGGUGCACUAUAGGCGAAAAGGAAGACCAAUCCGAUUCCGACGAGGACGACCAACGAUCUGGUACGGAAAGAAAUGGAAAGGUUUCAGACGAAGAAAGACCUACGUGAAGAUGCGACUCAGGUACGGAGGCAGGUGGAGACUCGUUAAGAAACGGCGCGGAUAUUGGACUAUAAAAUAUCGGGGCAAGAGAAGAAGGGUCACGCUGCGAGGUCGUCGAUUCGGGAUCCGCAUUGGAGGGCGCUGGAAAUAUGUGCCAUCCAGAGGAGGAGCCUUGCAGUUACGUUACGGACGAAUGUGGCGACGUGUGAGGAACUGCUGUAAUAAGCUGCGUGCUGUGUUACGCGGACGUCUUCGACGAAUCCGGCUUCGUUACGGAAAGGCUAGGAUGCGAGGAAGAAAGGGUUGGAGUAAGCUGCUAAGGAAAGCUGUCAGCAAAUUUAGUCUCCGAAAAGUGAGAGACCAACCUGCUGCACAAACUACCAUACAGCAAGCUGAUGAACCUCAGGCCUCAAACUCUAUAGACCCCAGUCCACCCGCCGACAUGGCAACACCGCAGGUUUACGACUCACCACCAACAGCCGCUGACCAGGAAACUCCGGCACCAUCAAUAACCAAUGAAAUGAGUCGGGAGACUGGGGCUACGAUGAACGUAAAUGAUUACCUGUGACCUGCUAACAAACCAUGGAAACUACGGAAGACGGACACGAAUGGAGAACAGCUUUAACGUUUAACUAACCUAUUAAUACCAUUUUACUUUACCUCAUAUACGGCAGCACGCAAGUUUUAAAAGUGAAACGUGACGAAAGCAUUAAAAUGGAGGUGUAAAUGUUCGCCUCACUGAGGUUUGACUUGCUGUCAAAUCUUGAUAAAGCUUGCGCAAGAUCUCGGCAAAUGGAUGCAUGUCCUGCCAUUAUAUGUAUAUUCCUAAUCUACUAACCUUACUAACGCCUUUCAUUUCUAUGUAAGCUGUUCUCUUGUAUAGCCAUUCAUUAAAAGCAAGGAAAAAAAA